UGUUUAAUUUCCUUCGUAGCCCUUAUCACUGAAAAGACCCAUUUGUGCAUCGACUUUAGGGUAGAGAAUUGUUAGCUAUCUUAUUUACUGCAGUAUUCUCCAAUGCCUAGUAUAGUGCUGUGUAGGAAGUUAAGAGCUUGAUAAUAUUUGUCGAAUGAAUGAAGAGGUCUGAGGAAUUGGGCGGAUGAAAUGCAAAACCUGAAGCAAGCGCUCUCUGCAGGCGAGGGCGGGUAGGUGCUUUAAGAAUUACCGUGGUGGACGGUUAAGGGGAGCUCAGGCAUUCUGGCCUAGACGGAACGUUCAGACUACAACUCCCAGCAGCUAUUAGGAUUCCUAAGGCUUGUUGCGUACGCCGAAUCCUACCGGUACUUCUCGCCUCUCUGUGGGUCGCCCGCGAAAGCUGAUCCGGGAUUCCGAGGGCCAAUCGGAAGUCGGGCCCAAGUCCCGCGAGAACAAGAGGCGCGGAGCGGCCCGAGGUUCUUAGCAGAGUUGUGCCUUUACUCUUGAUGUCCUUGUAUUCUCGCGGGCCGGGGGUCUUCUGCCUCCUCCACGGAAAAGGAAAGAAGGCACUGGUGGGUUUCCCCACUUCUGAUCCCUGAGAACUUUGAAGCAGUUCCGGCAGUCCUGUGCAUCGGGCCGCCCGUAGGAGUAGAGACUUGCCCGGCUUAGGCCAAUGUCUGCCGCGCUUCCUCUGCAGCAUGAAGACGUCGGAGGAGCAACUCUUGGCUCCAGACAGCCUUCCUUUAGACCAGGCCCCUGCCUGUCCCUCUCUCCACGCUUCUCCGAUGGAUAAAAAUACAGACCCUGAAUUUAUACCACCGCCACCUGGUGGAGAUGAUCUGCCCCAGAGGUCCCCAGAUCCUGUGGCUGGCUCAGCUGUGUCCCAGGAGCUGGGGGAGGAGACCCCAGCAUCUCUCUCCACUCCCUUGGAAGCAGAGUUUGAUACUCCUCGUGAGUUGAGUCCUCAAAUCAAGAAGCAAGAACUUGAUGAAAAUGCUAGCUCUCCUGCAGAAAAAAUGAGUGUUCCGGAGUUGGGGUCCGAAGAAGCCAUGGAAGGCGUGUCUGAGGAAGCUGCUCCAGAGGAUGAGGAAGACACCACUUGGAACUACAGCUUCUCCCGGAUACCUCGGUUUCUCAGUGGUUCCUGGUCUGAGUUUAGCUCCCAACCUGAGAACUUCUUGAAAGGCUGUAAGUGGGCCCCUGAUGGUUCCUGCAUCUUGACCAAUAGUGCUGAUAACAUCCUGCGGAUUUAUAACCUGCCCCCAGAGCUGUAUAAUGAAGGAGAGCAAGUGGAAUACACAGAAAUGGCCCCUGUCCUUCGAAUGAUGGAGGGUGAUACCAUAUAUGAUUACUGCUGGUAUUCGCUGAUGUCUUCAACCCAACCAGACACCUCCUACGUGGCCAGCAGCAGUCGGGAGAACCCAAUUCACAUCUGGGAUGCAUUCACUGGAGAGCUUCGGGCUUCCUUUCGUGCCUACAACCACCUGGAUGAGCUGACGGCAGCCCACUCACUCUGCUUCUCCCCGGAUGGCUCCCAACUCUUCUGUGGCUUCAAUCGGACCGUGCGAGUCUUCUCCACAUCCCGACCUGGCCGAGACUGUGAGGUGCGAGCCACAUUUGCAAAAAAACAAGGUCAGAGUGGCAUCAUCUCCUGCAUAGCCUUCAGCCCAGCCCAGCCCCUCUAUGCCUGUGGCUCCUAUGGCCGCUCCCUGGGCCUGUAUGCCUGGGAUGAUGGCUCUCAUCUUGCCUUGCUUGGAGGGCAUCAAGGGGGCAUCACCCACCUCUGCUUUCACCCUGAUGGCAACCGCUUCUUCUCAGGAGCCCGCAAGGAUGCUGAGCUCCUCUGCUGGGACCUCCGGCAGCCUGGUCAUCUGCUUUGGUCCUUGAGUCGGGAGGUAACCACCAAUCAGCGCAUCUACUUUGAUCUGGACCCGAGCGGCCAGUUCCUAGCAAGUGGCAGCACCAGCGGGGCUGUCUCUGUGUGGGACAUCAGUGAGACUGGCAAGGAUGGGAGUCCAGAGCCUGUGCUGAGUUUUCUGCCCCAGAAGGACUGCACCAAUGGAGUGAGCCUGCACCCUAGCCUGCCUCUGCUGGCCACUGCCUCCGGUCAGCGUGUGUUUCCGGAGCCCACUGACAGUGGGGAUGAAGGGGAACAGGAGCCAGACCUCCCCCUGCUCUCCUUUCGACACGUCCACCUGGAAUGUCGGCUUCAGCUCUGGUGGUGUGGGGGUGGCCCAGAUCCCAGUAUCCCUGAUGAUCACCAGGAUGAGAAGGGACAAGGAGGGACCGAGGGAAGUGGGAGUGAACUUAUAUAAAAAGAUUUUAUAUGAUA